CUUCUAUAAUUGUAACAUAAAUUCUGAGAUGAGGCUGUAUGUUGCAAGAUUUUUGCCUAUUUCCUUUUUCUACUAAUUACUUAGCGAAUAAAAAGUAUGAUUUUUUUGUAACAUUUGUAUAUUUUGUGACUGACAAGUGACAAUUUAACCGCAUAAAAGCAAUUGACUAAACACAGUAAAUACAAAAAGACAGUUGACAAGUUUUGUAAUUUGCAACAAUAUUGCUAUUUACUGUUAUGAACUAGACAUAUUUAUUUCAUAUUAUUGCUAACAUUAUUAUAGACCAAAAUGUCUCAGAAUCACUGUGCUGUGCAAGGCUGUAAAAUGUCUAUAUACAAUAAGCCAAUUGGCGUUUCAUUUUAUCCUUGUCCAACUUCUAUUGAAAUGAAAAACAAAUGGCUUCAUGCUUUGAGAAACAGAUGUGCCAUUCUGGAUUGGUCAAGAAGUCGCAUUUGUUCUAAGCAUUUUGAGCACAAAUACUUUGAUUCUCAGAAAAAACUAAAAGAUAAUGCUGUACCAACACUGUUUCCAGUUACUAAAAAAUUACAAAAGAAUCAUGAGAUAACACCUAAUAAAAAUAAAAUUGAGAGGAUUUUGAGUAAACUUACGCAAUCAGAACUUAUAGCCGAUAUAAAAAAUAAUCUGAAAAGGGUAAAGGAGCCAGUAAAUUUUGAUAAUUUAAUCACUGAAGACUUAAGAUGUAGACCAGAGGCAUCAAUAGAAGCUCAACUUUGGCUUUUAAUUAAGAAGCAAGAUCACCUAAAUAAUAGAUUAUUAGAACACAUUGUCCAGAACAAAAAACAUAUUGAGGUUUUACAAAAAAAUAUGGAUGAUUCAAAAUCUUCAAAGAAAGAUGUAGACCAAAGUACAGAGACAUACAAAUAUAUUGUGAAAUGUCUUCAAGAAAAACUCGCAACUUUAGAGGAACAAAUUGAGAUUCUAACUGCUGUAGAAUCACGUUAGUUCAAGACUGUAGUCAAAUAUUGAAUACAAUCCCUGAUACAUUAUUCUAAGACAAUAUAUUAAAACAAUAAAAUGGA